AUGUACAUUCCCACAGGAGCCAUUUCACAUGACGACUCUUGUCAGAUCACCCUAACCAUCAUAAGAGACAAUCCGGGUGUUGGUAGCUCAAAAAAUGAAUCAAUGGCUUGCUAUGGAAUCAAAUGCGACCCUCAACCCUUGUCCUUCAACCAACCCGUUAAGAUCACUAUCCCGCACUCUUCCUUGGUCGUCAAUCCAGAGCAGGUGAAACCAGACAUCGUUUGCCGAGUGUGGGACUCAAUCAAAACUUCAAGAAAGCAAUCAUCUAGCUCAACAGACAAACCACCAUACUGCAGACUGUACAAGAGACAUCUUGAGCUGUACAUCAACCACUGUGCUGAGUGGUGGGUUCUGAUUCCUCUUGAACAACAUGUGAUCCGACAGCAAGUUAUGUGUACUCCAUACAUCCCAGACAGGAUCGAAAGAGGACAAGAGUUUGCAGUUAAUCUUCAGUUGUAUAAUGACCUUCCUGGAAACGAAGUGGUUAUACAAGAGGAUUCGAGGCAACAGUCGUGCCGUAGAUGCCAUCCCUCGGUUCCAUUCAGCUUUGAAACAAGGUCUGGUGACGUCACGAUCACAUGCCAUCGUGAGGGUGUAGAAGUUGAAAGCCAGAUUGUUUCUCUUAGGGAUCUUCAAGCAAAGAUGAGCCAAUGUAUAUCGCUGUACGUACCGCACAUUGAAGACGAUGUAAAUUUUGCAGUGAUAACCAUAACGAUAACACAGGCUGGAAAGCUUGGGAUAUCACGAUCUAUUGCCUUUGUCAUUAAAUAUACAGAUGGACCGGAGAGCCAAACUCCCUCUGAACAGGCAAACUUCAUUAGGACAAUAGAAAAAGUGAAGAACAGUGACCUACAAUCGGACAUAGACAUCCUAACAAUAGCUCAGACAAUGGACGUAAAUCAGUUCUAUGAUUUGGGCAUAGCUCUUGGUUUCACCAUAGCUGAGUUGGAUCGGGUAGAGUACAGGAGAUUCAGAGACAGGCAGCAAGCCGCCUAUGACAUGUUGGUGGUAUGGAGGGGGAGACAAUCAUCUACCCCAGCAGCAAAGAAUACUCUCAUCACAUUUAUGGAAUCAUAUAACUCAUCAUCAAAUGAUACAACCUUUCCAGGUUUGAGUUUCGCGUUUGUUGUAAAUAUGUAA